AAAAAAAAAAAAAAAUCUCAUGAAUACAAGAAAACAAAAUAACGAAUAAUAUAAUGAUGCUGAAAAAGCUGAAAGUGUUCUCAAAGUCUUAUGGCAAAAAUUAAAUAUUAAGACGCGACAGUAAACACAAACAAAGAGACAGAAACGUGAUCCAGCCUCCACGACGGCGAAGAAUACGGCGGAGAUUCCUAACAACGAUCAUCUUCUUUGACAUUUCUGAGAUUUGAGGUUUCUCUGAUCUGAUCAUGGUGAUCGCAGCUGCUUCUUCUUUUUCCCUCGGUCCAUCUCAUUGCCAUUACUCUUACACGGAUGACUCCUCUUCCUACAAAAGACACAGCAACGCAAGAAACCGUGUCUUUGAUGGUUCUGCCUCUGCUAAUCUCUCUGUUUUAAGUUCCAGAUGCAAGAUACCUUCUUUUGGAUCAGCCUUUCAUGUAUCAACCGGUGGACAUGACCUUGGCCUCACCAAAGUUAACGUUGCUGCUGAUUACUCUGACUCUGUUCCUGAUUCUUCUUUCUACGGCUAUCAUCCACUAGAAGAUCUGAAGCCUGGCAAAAGAGUCCAGGAGACAAAACUCACUCCUGCUGAAGUAGCUAGGACUACUGUCGAGGCUAACAGCAGUGCUGUGUUGGUGUUUCCUGGAGCCAUUCACUGUGAACCACACGAUCAUAACUCAUGGUCUGAGUUUAAGUAUGUCAUUGAUGAUUAUGGAGAUAUCUUCUUUGACAUUCCUGAUGAUGUGAACAUCUUAGAAGAUCCUGGAGCUAGCAAUCCAGUGAAAGCCUUUUUUGGAAUGGAUGUCCCACGCUACGAAAACUCACGGCUCCAUGAGGAAUAUAACAUUUCAGAAAUUGGCAAUCUUGACCAAAUCAUCUUUGAUGACCAUUAUUUCGAGAUGAUGGAUUCUGAAGCUGGAGAUAUUCCUGUUGAUUGGGGAAUGCCUGACACUUCCAAUGGUGUUCAUCCUAUCUACUUUGCCAAACACAUGUCAAAGGCUAUCAACAUGGACUAUGACAGGAAAAUGGACUAUCCAUCUAAUGGUGUAUCUAUACUUGGAUGCCUUAGGCCAGCUUUCCUUGACGAGGAAUCUUAUAUAAGAAGAUUGUUUCUCUCGGAAGAUAGAGAUGACUAUACCUGGGAGGUUCAAGGUGAUAAUAAUCCAAACACUAGUUCAAGACAUGAUGAGAAUGAUAUGAGUUCAAGUCUAUAUAGGUUAGAGAUUGUGGGAAUUGAGCUUCUCUCCCUCUAUGGAACAGAGUCUUCUAUAAGCUUACAAGACUUUCAAGAUGCUGAACCUGACAUCUUAGUACACUCUACUUCUGCAAUCAUAGAGAGGUUCAACAACAGAGGGAUUAGUUCAGACAUUGCACUUAAAGCUCUCUGCAAAAAGAAAGGUCUUCAUGCAGAGGAAGCUAACCUGAUCAGUGUUGAUAGUCUUGGUAUGGAUGUGAGAGUUUUUGCAGGCGCACAAGUCCAAACUCACCGUUUCCCUUUCAAAACAAGGGCUACAACAGAAAUGGCAGCAGAGAAGAAGAUGCAUCAGCUACUGUUCCCACGCUCACGCAGAAGGAAGUUGAAGUCUAACGAUGAGAGUUUGAAAGACGCAUACCGUUAAAAGAAGCGGUAACAAAAUAAUUAAACAGAGGAAGGAGCUGUCUUGCCACUGGAUCUGUCUGGUGUGCUUACACGAGUUCUUUGCUCUGACGUUUGUGUACAUAAAGAUGAGCUUUCAAGUGACCGUUACUAGAGCUGUGUGGAGAUGCCGCCGCUUCUUACAUUAUCAUAGUAAGCUAAAGAAUAAAGUAGAAGUUGAUACAUUUGAAGUAACUUCUGUAAUAAGUCCAUGUUGUUCUCAAAAGUAAAAUCUUGUUCUGUUUUUACAACUAAAUUAAGAUCAAAUAAAACUUUUUUUCCCUCUUCAUAGUUAUCAAUUGUUAUUGAUCAAACUUCUGUAAUAAGUCCAUGUUUGUUCUCAUACUUUGGCAAGACUAUGAGAACAAAACAGAAGUGUAUAAGUUUG